GGCAAGCGAAGCUUGCCCACCCCCACACGAACAUUAUAUAUUGCCAAUGUGCUAUUCUCUGGUGUCGUUUAUAGGAGUCGUAAAACCGCUUCUCGAUCGAUGUGCCUCAACCUGAGUUCCAAAUGCCCAUCAUUUGGCCCGCCAUUGUCACUCAUUCAGUUUUGGAUGCACUGCUACAGAUUCCAGUUCCGUCUAGUCUCAUGUAUCUUUAUUCCUUGCUGUUUCAUUUCGGGACAAGUGACAACGCGUUGUACGUUGUGCGGAUACAGGUUUCACACUAUGCUUUGCGUGGAAUGAGUCUUAAACAUCGCGCUAUCUCUCAGCAACGCCUGUCUCAGUCAUGCGGCCGCUAAAAGGAAGUGACCCCCUUCGUCGGACGGUUUUUCUGGCUUUCACAGCUCACGGGUUUGCUAUGCUCUUUUUGCGUUCUUGCCUGGUUUGCCAGCUGGCACUGGCUUACGUUCCUAGUCUCGCUCUUGCAGUCUUCGAGAGCCAGUUUCAAGCUUCUUCACGUUCGGGUUCCUACCAUGACAACAGUUCCCCUAGCACACGCUAUCACAAGGCGUUCCUUCGUCGACACCUUCACAAUGCCGCUGGCGGCGCAGGAGUCAAUCAUGGAAACAAGGUGCCCCUGAACCAAAUUUUACCAAAGUAUCGGCCACACGAUCAUUCCCAUUUUCCACGAAAGAAUAGAGCACAUGAGGCAAACAUUGAUGAUGCAUCUGGCUCUGGUGCAGAGGUUUCGGAUCAAGCUCCUUACCCGCCAUCGGAGGCGAUUCAUCCAACUUCCAAGGUUUCUGCUGCAACCCUUCCCACCCCUACAUCAUUGCAAAUGCAUCUGCCUCAACACCCGCCUGUUCCAGCUUCCAUGCCUGCUCUACCCAGCUUUGGUUCUGCUGUGCCCGACCCUCCAGUUCGUCCAAAGCCGGAAUUACCUUCCCAGCUGUCAACCCCGGAAAUGCGCAAACACACAUGUUCGGUCCUUUCUAAAAUCUACUUCGACAUGAAUGGCCCGAAUUGGAUUGUGAACUACGGAUGGGCCACAGGUGCUUCAUCUAGUUCUGUUCCCAUCGCCGACACGUCUUCCCCGGUCCCUGGCAUUGGUUCCAACGGCGCAGAUGACUGCUGCGCUUGGUAUGGAGUUACUUGUAAAGGGCCGGCGGUGGUAUCGCUAGAUCUUGGCAGGAACGGGCUCUCUGGACCACUCUCGUCGUCUGUGUUUUCCCUUGCUGAGCUCGAGCGAUUAAAUCUCUCUUCGAAUGCACUUGGUGGCUCACUUCCGCCUACGUUCGAUGCCCUCCGCUCGCUAAAAAACCUCGAUCUUUCCAAUACCUCCCUCACCGGUUCGAUUCCUAGUUCGCUUUCCUCUCAUUCCGUACUCAGCACACUCCACCUCUCAAAUAAUCAGCUCACUGGAACGGCCGAUUUCUCUGCACCCAAACUCGUGAAUCUAUUGCUGGAUAAUAAUCAUUUUGACGGAUUGACCAUCGAGAGCACUGCGUCACUGGUUAGAUUGACGGCUAACGAUAAUCAAAUGGUGGGAUCUUUGCCAGAUUUGAGCUCUGCAACGGGACUGCAGAUCUUCAACGUCGCAGGGAAUUACUUCACCGGACCUCUGUUUGAUCUUUCCCGAUUGCAAGAACUCUAUCGCCUUGAUGUCCGUUAUAAUCAACUGACAGGCCCGUUCCCCAGCAACAUCUCGGCUCUCUCACAUCUGACAACCUUCAUCAUCUCCUCGAACCAGUUUUCAGGGCCUUUCCCUUCGACCCUCUCGCCUCCUUCGCUCAAGACAUGCUCCGUGCUCCCUAACAAUGUUCAGGUUGUCCCACCCGUUUCAGUCCUCGCCGACACAGAUAGCUUGGCUAAUCGAUGCGGCGUCAAGGCGCCUGGCGGUGCUGAUCCUCCAGCUGGGACUCCUGCAUCAGUUAGGAGACGGGACGCCCAAACGGAUGGAACUGGAACGAAUGUGCAAAUAGAGGGACGGAUGCUUGAAUCGCUUGAACGUGAGGUGGCAACUUCACCUGGAAAGAGGCUUGGUGGAUUGCAGAGACUAGGGCUCGGGAGGACGACGAGGCGAAGGCCAAUAGCACAGUGAAAUCAAAGGUCGACAGCGACAGUUUAAAUAUAACUGACACAUCUAUUCGGUAAAGAUAUAAAACUGCAUAGCUCGUGUGUUAUGAAUAGGCUCCUCUGAUAUUGUAAUGUCGCUGUGUUACAGUCGUACAUUUAACGGGGGCACUUGACGGAGUUUAAAAUACAAUGAAUGCCAAGUGACUCAGGGGGAUUCAUGGAGUGAGGAA